AUUUAGAUAUAUUAUUAGAUAUAUUAUUUAAAUCUUUAAGAUAUUUGUACACAAAUUUUUCGUUUACCUGUAUUGGUAAUCUUAAUAUUCAAUAUUUAAUAUACAUCAGCUGAAAAUGGUACAAGCGAGUGAAAGCGAUAUCUUAAGUAUAGGCGGAGUCUUGAAUGAUUCUGCCAGACCUUUAAAAGAAAGAUUCCGAGCUCUAUUCACCCUGAAAAACAUUGGUAAUGCAAUGGCAAUAAAUCAAAUCAGUACAUGUUUUAACGAUCAGUCGGCGUUAUUAAAGCAUGAGCUUGCAUAUUGCCUGGGUCAGAUGGGAAAUCCUAAAGCAAUUAAUAUCUUAACAAGUGUUUUGGAGGAUCUAUCGCAAGAACCGAUGGUACGUCAUGAAGCAGGAGAAGCACUGGGUGCUAUUGGUGAGCCAAGUGUAAUUCCAUUAUUGGAAAAAUAUCGUAAGGAUCCUGUAUUGGAAGUAGCAGAAACCUGUGAGUUGGCCUUAGAUCGGCUGAAAUGGUUGGAAUCUAACAAUAAUACAGAGAAUUUGCAAAAAAAUCUGUAUUCGACCAUUGACCCUGCACCUCCAAUGGAUAUAACAAAUGUGGAUAUUUUAAAGGAAAUUUUACUGAAUGAAAGCAAGUCACUAUUUGAUAGAUACAGAGCAAUGUUUUCGCUGAGAGAUAUAGGCACCAAGGAAAGCAUCCUUGCACUUACUGAAGGUUUGAAAGCCGGUAGUGCCCUGUUCAGGCAUGAGAUAGCGUUCGUCCUGGGACAACUUCAAGAAGAGGUAUCUGUGCCAGGAUUGCGAGCAUCGUUAGAAAAUACAGAGGAAAAUGAGAUGGUGAGGCACGAGUGCGCGGAAGCCCUGGGUUCCAUCGCUACAUCUGAGUGUUAUGAGAUAUUGAACAAAUAUCUCAAUGAUAGUAAAAGAGUCGUUCGUGAAAGCUGUAUCAUUGCUUUGGACAUGUGCGAUUAUGAGAACAGUUUGGAAUUUCAAUAUGCAGAUGCAUUAACCAAGCUUCCUGCGUGAAAAUAUUCUUUCUCUCGUCUUUAAAAUGUGUAUAGUAUUGCUUAUUUAUUACAUUUCGAAUAAGAAAUGAAAUGUAAGUUAUUCUCUUCAACAGCUGUAUGUAUAUUUUCAUUCAAUGCGACUUUUUAAAGACGUGAAAAACUAACUAAAAAGAUUUUCUAUUAUAAAUGUACAUAUUCUUAUU